AUGGCCUUGCGUCUGUGGCGAGUGGAGGUCGUUCUUGUAGUACAGAAGCUGCUGUCGCUGGGAUCCACGUACCAAGUCCGCUACUUGCUGUCUGAAGCACCUCCUGAUGACGUGAAGUUCCAAGACGUUGGCCUGAAAGUCGCCGCCGUUGUCAACUCGCACGUGUUCCAGGUAACUGAGACGCAGAAUGAGCCGCCAAUGGUGGGCACGUCUACCGAUGACGGUUCCUCUAUCUGCAGCAUCGAGGCCGGUGACUACUUGGUUGGAAUGGGGGUCGACGACUUCCUCGUUUGCCCUCGCAGCUUGGAGCAGGUGGAGCAAGACGUGACUGCAGCGGGGGUGGAGGCCGCGCGUGGCGAGAUGGCGGUCGUGUUGCGCUUUGUGCGUAUGGGGGCAUUCGUGCGGGACGUCGGCCGCACCCCUGGAAACAUCUUGUCAAUUCUUGACGAGCUAAAAUCUACCUGUGAGAAUCUGUUGACACGAUACGAGCUGCUGGCUGCCGAGAAUGAAGCGGUAGUGGAAGAGUUGCGGUCUUCCAAGGAGCUGCUGAAGUACGUCAAGAUAAUGGGCUGCGAGGCGAGAAAGACCUUGAUGGAGGAUCCGAAAUUCAAGUUUGCAGAUAAAUUUCGCGCGUGGUAUGGAGACAUGAGAAGAAACGCAGAGGAAGCCGCCGUGAAUGUGACAGACCUGCAGCAGCAGAGCCCAAGAUUGUCGGUAAAUGACGGCAGUACAGAUGACCACGGAAAAAUACGCCAGCACUGA